UUGAAAACUCCGUUGAUUUAGUUGGAAUUAGCCUCUCACUUCAUCAUCUAUGUUCCUCUCGUCUACGCUUCACAGACUGAUCAUACUUACACUGGCAUAGAUGGCUGGAAAAGAGGCUGUGAAGGAGAAGGUCGAAGCUUCGGUGAUAACAGCCGUCUACAAGGUGAACCUGCAUUGCCGUCAGUGCACUUACGAGAUCAAGAAACCGCUCCUUAGAACUCAAGGUAUACACCAUGUGGAUUUCGACCUGGAGAAAAACGAAGUGAAGGUGAAAGGAGAAAUAGAUGCUCUAAAGAUUCACAAGAAGAUUGAGAGACUAAGCAAGAAGAAAGUCGAAUUAAUAUCCCCCAAGAUCCCCGUCAAAGCUGCAGCUGAAACUGAGAAGAAGGUUGUCAUCAAGGAAACUAAGAAGGAAGUUGCAAUCCGGACAAUCAAAAUAAAGGUCCACAUGCACUGCGACCAAUGCGAACGUGACCUGCGGACGAAGCUUUUGAGGCACAAAGGCAUUUUCAGUGUUAACACAGACAUGAAGACCCAGACCAUAACAUUGCAAGGAACCGUUGAGGAGAGCAAGUUACUAUCGUACAUACAAAGCAGAGUUAACAAGCGCGCCCAGAUCAUACCUCCUCCGAAACCACCGGAGGUCGUGGCAGAAGUGGAGAAAGAGAAGGUAAUAAUGGAGACUAAGACCACGACGUCCGUGAUCGUCGAGUUUAAGGAGGAUAAGAAGGUUGAGAUUAAAACUAAAGAAGGAAAUCCGUACUUCAUCCCCUACGUCUAUGCUCCGCAGAUGUUUAGUGAUGAAAAUCCGAAUGCCUGUUCUGUUAUGUAAGAAUCGAAACCGACAGUAAGUAAUACACAUUUCACUUUCAUGCUAGAAUACAAUUUAUUUGAGAAGAAUUCAGUUGAAUCAUGUUGUUUGGAUUACAAAAGAUGCAAGAUUUAUUUAAAAAUGCAAAAUUUGCGUUGAA